GAAUCAAUAUGUACUUUGAAAAAUUAAUCCAUUAUUUCAAAAAAAAAAAGAAAUAGAUCUGGAAAUAAAUGUAUAAAUAAACCUUUCGUUUUUGACUAACCUAGACAAAACUGUUUUUAAAAUGGAUCAACAAAAUCAAACUUUUGAUAACAUUCGUCAAGAAUCGAAAAGGCUUAUUAUUCAAAGCGAAAAAGAAUCCUUGGAUUCAGAUAAGUCUGCUGAUUUUCAUGAUCAAAACUAUUCUCAACCAGACAAAAAAACUAAUCCCGAAAAAACUAUUGACAAUUUUAAUAUUUCAAACGAAAAUUUACGUCCAUCCUCCUCAUAUUCGAUUGAUGAAAACAUUCAAAAAAUGCGUUUAGAAUUGAAAAAAUGUUCUCAGCUCUUUGAAUCGGCUGGUGAAGCAUUUGAAUCGAUAAAUUUUAAUGGUUUGAAACAUCGAAUAAGAGAUUUACAUUUGUCAGCUAAUCAUGCGGAGAUCGAAACUGUUAUGCAGGAGAAGGAAGUUGAUCAAAAACUAAGUAAAUUAACCGAAAUAAUGGGACAUAAAUUCCGGCAGCAUCCCGGUGAAUUUGGAGAUAUACCGGAAUUGAGUAACUUUUUCAAGGCAUGCAGUCAACUGCAACAUGGCUUGGACCAACUUAAACAUCAACGUUUUGAAAUGGAUGGACUUGGUAAGCAAAUAACCAGCGCUACAAAUGCAUCCAGAUUGAGGAUAGAGGAAAUUCAAAAGACACUUAAGAAAUAAAAUAAGACCUAUAAAAAACGAUACAAAAAAAUCAGUGCAAAAACCAUUAACACCCAGUCCACAAUAUUCUAAAAAUUCAAUCUCUACUUGCUGAAUUCCGCAUUCUAAUUAUUAUAACUUUGUUAUAAAUUUAUUGUAAAUUAUAUUUAACAAUCAAUAAAAACGCAAUCGGAUUGAUUUUGUAA